AUGAUCAACAAUUUGGAUCGUGAGAAAGAGUUGAUGGCGCUGAAAGUAGUCAUGGCCUGGAUUCACAUGAGUGCGGAUGAAGUCAAUCCCUGGGAACUGGAAGGAAUGAUGAUUCAACAAUUUCAACUCACCUCUACCGACAAACUCAUCAGAACUCUCAGUCGUUUAGGCGGUAAUGCUGUAUGGAAACCCCCAACGAAGCUCCGUUACAAACUCAACGAAGCUCGACGUUACAUCAUGAUUGAUGGAUCACUCAUGCCCUGUUGGAAUGCCUUUAAUCACUUGGCGGAUACACUUUGUCUGCCUCGCCCGCCCUCGCCCGCCGCUGUGGUCACUCACCGAAAGCGACGUCACUCAGGCCAUCUGCUUCGGAGUGGCCUGAAGGCGAUCUCUGAAGCUGAGUCCGUUUCCGACUGCGAUCAACCAGGCCCUUCCAACAAGAUGGCCCCGCACCACGACGACAAUGAAGACGAUGGCGCUCCCACCAACUCAACUCGUUCUUCGACUCCUCGUGGCCAUGAAAGUGCAUCGAGUGGUGAAAAUGAAGAUAAACACAUGAAGAAAAAUGAGGGUUGCCCCAAAUGUCACAAAACAAUGUAUGGCAAAGCGUGUUUGAAAUGCCAAGACGGAUGUUCAAAAUGGUGGCAUACACGAUGUUUUGAUGCCACGUUGCAUUAUCGAGCUGAUGAAGCAAAAGCUCGAGCACGUGAUGGACAACUUCUCUGUGCUGCAUGUCGAAAGGAAAUU